AUGCUUUGCCACACAGCACUGGCCAGUCCUGUUUUCGUUCCACAAAUUCUCUCGGAAAGUACCGGAAGGAACAUCAGGCACUUGAUGUGCGUGUCCCGUAGAACAGGCGAAACCGGAAUAUGCAUGUUUGCAUUGACUUGCGCCAAAGCGAACGGUACCCACCUCGGGACUUGCAUCGACAGUUUCUACUUUGGGAGUUGCUGCAAGAUAGACGACGUGCCCGAUGUCUCUCCGCAGAACAACACCAUCGACAUCGACGGUCCGCCGUCUCCGUCGAAACCCCAAGUCAUUACCACCACCACCACCACAACCACCACCACUCACUUGGUCGAGAGCAACGACAUCCCUGGCAACGUGGACAACCAAAAGCUCUCGACGACGCAGUCGACCUCCCUGGGGACGCCAUUCGUUAGAACAACCGAGGCGACGACCUCGACCUUCAGGACCGAAGCGACCAAGGCCAAGCCUUCCAAAGCAGCGACCAAAAAGCCAGUGGUGACCGAGUUCACCACGGAAUCCAUCAAACUGUCGACCUUCCAGAGCGUCCAGAAUUCAUCCCACCAGCGCCCCCUGCCCGCCUCCACUGCUACCACCGCAUCCUCCGUGCCGACCAAAAAAAUUCAGAGGCCCAGUUCCCCGGACGCAAAGCCCGCAACUGCUGGACCCAAACCAGCUCCGACGAUGCUUUCGAUCUCCUCAUCCUCGAGCACCGGCACUUUGGUUACCUCGCCGAGCACGUCGACAACUGCAUCCUCGACCUUGGCUCUCGACAAGACGAGCAAAAAGCCACCGUCGAUGGCCAGUCCAACCGAGAGGCCCGGCACAGCAGCCACGCCGCUGUCGACCGGAUCGACGAAACCGAGCUCCGUCGAAACAACCUUGCAUCGAAACACCACCAAUCACGCUCCCACCUCAUCCCCGCCGUCGUCAUCGACAAACAAAACACCGACAACUGACGUUACAAAGCCCAGUGAGUUGUUUUCCUCCUCCUCCACCAGGUUCCCACCGAGAAACGCGACCACGGAGGUGCCCGUGUCGUCUGUUUCGAUCGACAGUCACCAACAAGGUGCCGUCACAACGGUGGCGCCGACGACAACCAAAAAGUCAUCGACGACGAAAAAGCCGAGCAGAGUCACGACGAAGAAGCCCAUCUUCCUGACCAUCUCCAAGAAACCAACCCCAACGGCUGCUCCUCCCGUCAUCGCCACGACGAUCGCAGCUACGGUUGCCUCUGCCGGCAUUACCACCGCGAGUUCCGCGGCCACGACCAUAAAGGUCCCGACUACGUCGAAACCAGCCGUCUCGCUAGUUCUCCACAACGUCUCCACUGCGUCCACGACCACGAGCUCCAAGAGACCCGUGACCGUGACGUCGUCCAAGAAGCCGUCGACCACGCCGUCGACGCCGACAACGACGAAGAAGCCGUCCAGCGCCACGACGACGAAAGCCACAACCGUGAGGAGGCCGACGACUCAGGGUGUGAAAAAGAACGCGACGAGCAGCACCUCGACUCCACCAAAAGUGACGAGCAGCUCGAAGAAACCGGUCCCGACUGCCGGGCCAUCGUCUUCCUCGGUGACGACGGGCCAACCGAGCAGUAAGACCACAACGACCCCGAGGACCAGCCCGGAAACGACGACCACCUCCACGAGUUCUACGGUUCCACCCUCGACAACUGUGACCAGGCACAAGCCUCUGGUGGAUUCGUCCAGUGACGGAACAACCCCGAUGGUGGACCACAAAAACACCACGGACCCCACGCCCAGUGUUUCGACGGCGGAAGCGAACGCGACAACGCCGGUGCCGGGUAUCGUGACGUGGACGUCGGUCUCGGACGAAGUCGAGAACAGCACCAAGACCUCGACCAACUCCACAUCGGAGACGUCAGAAACUCUGGAAACGGAUUGGGUCCCUCUGACGACUCCCGAUGGGUGGAUAAUCAUCCAGUCGCCGACCGCGGACAAGCCCGACGCGGAAUCGGCGGCUCCUCCCGCGACUCAGGCGCCGAUCGUUACAAAUAAACCAGUAGCCGAGAGUACAACUCCGCGUGCCUCAACGACGUCGACUACGACGACGACGACGACGACGACGAGCCAGGCGACGACGUACCUGGAGCAAUUGUCCACGGUGGCGACGGUCACUGCGUCCCCGGACUUUGCCGACAGUACGAUCGCUCCCAUCAACAUGUCGAGUUUCAAAGAUGUUUGCGGCAGAAGAUUGUUCCCGGACGCGAGGAUCGUCGGGGGCAACGGCAGCACCUUCGGCAAGUGGCCUUGGCAGAUCUCCCUUCGUCAGUGGCGAACAUCGACGUACUUGCACAAAUGCGGGGCAGCUCUGCUCAACGAGAACUGGGCCAUCACGGCAGCUCACUGUGUACAAAAAGUACUGCCGAGCGAUCUGUUACUGCGGAUCGGCGAGUACGAUUUGGCCAACGAAGAGGAGCCGUACAGUUUCCAGGAGCGGCGGGUGCAGAUAGUCGCCAGUCACCCGAACUUCGAUCCACGGACGUUCGAAUUUGACUUGGCACUGAUGCGAUUCUACGAGCCGGUUUUGCCCUUCCAGCCGAACGUUUUGCCGAUUUGCGUGCCAGACGACGACGAGAGCUACGUCGGACAGACGGCCUACGUUACCGGCUGGGGCAGGCUCUACGAGGAUGGUCCACUGCCGUCGGUAUUGCAGGAAGUGGCCGUGCCGGUGAUAAACAAUUCCCUAUGCGAGGGCAUGUACAGGAAUGCUGGAUACAUUGAGCACAUCCCUCACAUCUUCAUAUGCGCCGGUUGGCGAAACGGAGGUUUCGACUCUUGCGAGGGCGACAGCGGCGGACCGUUGGUCAUACAGAGGAAACGAGACAAGCGAUGGAUGCUGGCCGGCGUCAUUAGUUGGGGAAUCGGUUGCGCGGAGCCCAACCAACCGGGCGUCUACACGCGAAUCUCGGAGUUCCGCGAAUGGAUCAACCAGAUUCUGCAGUUCUGAGGAAACGAAGCUUCGACGCGCGAUGCCAGACUAACUAAAUUGAAUCAAGUGACAUUCGAUCGGACAGAGACAAUAUAGCACGAAAGGACUGUGAUCGAUCUUGAAAACUUUUACAGUGAUCUGUUGUUCGCCACUGCGCUCUCUCUCAUUUUUUUUUUUUUUUUCUCUCGAUCCAAGUGACGCUGCCAAGUAUAUUAUGCUAUGAACUGUGCAGCAGGCGCUUACUACUACUACUAAUUAAAUAAGCAAAGUUCGUCGCUCCAUUAAUACUAUUACUGGUUUUGCCAGACCUUGUAAAUAUACUUUAUUGUUUAUCAAACGACGAUUUGUUUUUAUAGAUAAAUAACAUUAUUUAACGAAGAGAAAUUUAAUUUAAUUUUUUUUUUUUUUCUUUAAUUUUAAUUUACGUUUUAAGAAUCUCGCCUAUUUAUUGCAAUAUAUACGUUAGGAAUACUAUAUAUUAUGUGUAUGUACUUAUUAUUCAUACGAAUUUGUAAAGACCAAACUCUUUUUUCUAUAUACAUAUAUUAUCGUGUAGUUUUAUAAGUAUCCCUUUUUUUAAGUUUUAACUCAAAAGUCUCUCUUUAUAAUUGCUGAUGUUCUUUUUUUUUUUUUAUAUACACAAAAAAAUGAAAAGAAUAAAAAAC